AUGAAGAUCAGAACGAAGGGCUAUUUGAAAGCCAUGCUCGGAAAAGAAAAUAUCAGCUUUUGUCCAACAUCGAGUUCUUUGAAGAGCCGACUCCAGCGCCGUUGUUUACCGACAGCACUUGGGGGGUUGACCCAGCAGUACUUGACCGAAAUAAUUCCUCCACACCAUCCCAAGAGGCUUGAGCCGCUGGUGAAUUGCAACGAUUUCAUCAGGAUCCUAUGGCCUCUGAUGAAAAAUCGGUGCAAACGGUACCGGAGAAUGACGAAUCUAGGUCUACUGAAAGGUAUCGCUGACAGCCUGAAAUGUCUCUGGAAAACAGCCAGCAAAGCAAAGAACUCGCCUUCGUUGCAACUGGAAGGAUUGCCGAUACAACGCCGCAACUUUGAGACGCAUGUGCACCAACAUCGAAAAUGUCCCAAAGGGGAUUGCCCAUGGGAAGGGACGGAAGAUGAGAAAGAAAAGAAACGUCAUGUUUGGAAGACUCACAGGAUAUGGGCGGCCGAAAACAAGUACUCUAGUAUAGGGGGAGAGUGUCCUACAUGUGGCGCAAAAUUUGCGCGACAGGACUAUGUAGUUCGUCAUCAGAGAAGAAAACACGGCGGAUGA